AUGGCUAGUAUGAGGACGGGAACGACGAAUACUCCGCCGCCGAUUACGGUGGAAGAUACGGCGACGGGGGUAGGGCCGCUGCCGAGUCCUGACCCAGAGGAUACGAAUGGUGAGUGUUCCCAGGAAGAAGAGAAGCGAAGGAGAAGAGACGUUGUAAAGACGAGGCACAGUCCGAAUCUCGAAUGGCGGCAACCAUGGACAAAGGAGAGCUGGUCACAGGGCCGCGUGCUGCUCAUCGAUUAUGUUGCAAAGGAACACUCUGCGGAGGGCAGGCGGAAGAUCGUGGCUCAGGAGUUCUCUGACAUCGACAGUCUGCGCCGUUUCUACCGCAAAGAGGAUCUCUCGGCGCAAGCAGCACUGCGCGUGAUUCACGUCCAAAACGCCAACUGGGCAACACGCUUCCUCCUCCGCAAGUUCAACAUUGACGCCACGGACGAUCUCAUAGGCACGAACUUCGGGCGAUGGGCCAGUUACGAGAAGCCUCAACAACGCGGCGGCAAACCUGUCCUCAAUGGCCGUACAUUCCGCGCUCAACGCGAUCCCUGGCGCGGCAUCUCGCGCGCAGCCUUCGGGGCUGACUACCUCAAAUCGUACGACAGGAAUACACACAUUCCACGUCCGAAUAACAACAAGUCCAUAAUGGAGCUUAAUCACUACGAUGAGACGGAUCACCCACGGUAUGGGCACGACGUAUAUGUGCAGCGAUUGAGCUGUUACGUUCAGCUCAGCGACGGAACUCCAGGUCAAGCUGUCGACCCCGAUAUACCAAACCCAUACGACGAGGAAGCGUGGGAAGAGUACAUGCGGUUGAAGAAGAGUUACGGCAACGUAGAUGCGAAUGAGCACCAAGAACGUUACAUCCCCAAGCUCCGGUCCCUCGACAACGGCAACACAAUCAUUCUGUUUGAGAACUCGGUCACAGGCUCCGUCAAAGACACCCUUAUUGGCGCGCGACAAGAACUCGAGUCUCGCUGGAGACGACUAUCCUUCUACCUACCCAUGGAAGAGAACGACGAGACGCUGACGGCGGAGUGUAUGGAUUUCAUCUUGCAGGAUGUGUUCAAAGCGUUGAGCUACAAUUGGCAGAAAUUUCUGGCUGUUUGCGAGACACAUGUCGGGAUUCUGGAAGAUAAGA